AUGACCGGUUUGGAUUUGUCGGAGAACAAAUUAAGUGGCCCUACUCCUUUAGACAUGGGUCUUUUAAAAGAACUGGCCAUGUUGAAUCUCUCCAACAAUCUUCUAUCAGGUCCAAUUCCCAAAUCCUUUGGAGGGUUAUUGGACACAACACAAUUCUGUACUUUCAAUGAGAGUUCUUUUAGUGGAAACCCAAACCUGAAUACACAAGGAAAGAGGUGUUCGACAACUCUGUCAUCAAAUGUGCCAACUGCAUCGAGCGAUAAUGAUGGUGAAGAUGAAGAUGAAGAUGAAGGAGAUGAAGGGUGGGUGGAGAUGACACCUGCGUUCUAUGCUUUCAUUGCCUUGGGUUAUGCUAUUGGCAUAUGGGGAGCACUAGCCCAUGUUUUUUUUGGCAACAAGAGGGGACAUGCUUGUGUGAGGGCCAUGGACGCAAUUGUCUCCCGACUUUUUCAUGCAUUUUUCCGUAAACAUUAG